CUUGAAGCUGUGCAUUGAACAAGCCUUGCACUUUAACACUGUUUUAUCAGCACACAAUGCAGAGCUCAGCCUGGAAGGUUAGUUGUGCUGCAUUCUGUCUCUCUAUGUCAUUCAUCACUGGGGUCCACCUCAGGCCACUAAGCGAACAGGAGGAAAUGGUGCAGCUAGAAGCUAUUAAAAAAGGAAUUUUGGAUCGCUUAGGUUUGCACAGACCACCAGUUAUUCGGGAGAAAAUGGACCAGGAUAAAAUCCAAAAAAUGCACUGGCUAUAUCAGGAGAAGUUAAGAGAGCUCAGGGGGAACAUGAGCAAAGAAGAGAUACCUCAAAGGACAGUUCAUCUGCUGACACCAAAAUGUAAGUGUAUACACUUCAGGCCAGCGGAACAUUUUGUUAGAUUGUCAGCCUUUAAGAGCAAUUGUAUCUCUGUCAUUUUACCUUAUAUAAUAGAAUUUUGGCAAUAAUGUAAUCAAUCUUAGAAUGUAAUCACUAGACCAUCUUCUUCUAUACUCUAGAAUAUGCUCACAAAUCUAUAAGUAUACAUUUGUAAACAAGCCUUUAAACACACAUCAGCCAUACGCUAUGUAUUUUUAUUAUAAUUGUUGUAUGCAUAUUUUAUAGUAAUGUUUAUAUAUUAUGGCUUCAUUUCAAACUGGAUAAAUGUUUUGUAUUUUUCAUUUAAACUCCAUGUUUUAUUGUUUAAAACUAAGAACAAUGUAGUGUUUUUUCUCCUAAUGACCUCAAUCUCUUCAAUAUUUCAUUGUGUCACAUGUUGAUUGCAACCUCUUCAGGUUAGGUGGGUCUUAUGCCAGCUAUACAAGAGAUGACGUUAGAGCAUUACAGGUGUUAUUGUAUCUCAUGUAAGAAUAAUGGUUAAACCUUUUGAGAUCAGGGUUAAGAAAUGCUUUGUGAUGAUGAGUCCUGUUAUAUCUGGUUAUGAGGGUGUUAAAAAGGCCAAACAUUUUUAAUAAAUAAGAGAUUUUUCUUUUUCUUGUGUGCUAUUUGUGACACAUGCAGCCACAACUGAACAGCAGUAAAUUUAGAAAUAUUCUCUGAAGGUCACACUUUUAUUUACACAGGUGGGAAAAAAGCUCUGUGAUCUCAAGGCCAAAUAUUUCAACCAUACCUACCCUCUCUUCAUACAUGACGCAGGGUUGAAAAUAACAUCACUGAGAUUUAGACAUGAUUCUACAAGACCUUAGUUUAUGUAAUGGUCAAUAUUGUGCAUACAUUAUGGUCUUGUUAAAAGUAAUUUCAAAAGAGAUGAGAAAAAUAAAUCAGGCUAACCAGUGAAACAGUGGUAUUUUUACAUCUUACAAAUGCUAAAAAUCUCAAUAACUUUUUUAAUGUCUCUGGUUUGGACAUGAUGUUAAAAACAUGCAAGGUAUAGCACACUCACUGAUCUACGAAACAGAUACUUCAAAAGUUCACAAAUUUUAAUAGUUUUUCUUUUUUUUUUUCAUAAUCUAGGCAAAAACAAUGGGAGUUUGGCUACAGUAUAUGAUCAUACAUUGCAUAAGCCUCUACCCCAAUUUUGGUAGGUCCUAUCCUAGCAACCUAGUGCCUGCUCUUAUGAGAUCAACCCAUUUACUUUGAAAACUUCCUCCUUGGGUUGUUUGCAGUGGAAGGGUAACUAAGGUCCUUGACAGGCGCAUAGUUGACCCAUUGGGCUUUAAGAAUAAAAACCCCCAUACAUACCCAAUAAUACACGGACACCAGUCGUUUGGGUAAAAUUAUUUCCAAAUAUUUUCAGUAUAAUAAAAUAUAAAUUUUAAUAUGAAAUGCCAUUAUCAAACAAACCCAGUGACAUAGUAUAUAAAUAACCCACAUACCCUUAUAAAACAUCACAAUGACAAUGACCCCAAAAUUAACAACAUAACACCAUAACAAUAAAAUAACAUAAACAACACAAUAAAACAUAGUAAAGUGCAAACAACUUGCCAAAAAAUAAAUAAAAAUGUAGGGACAUAACAAGAUACCCCUACACCCUCAGGUUCUGAGACACAGGAAAGGUUGAAUCCUACCAUACCAACUUUUAAAACAUGUAAUUAAUUAAAUCCCCAAUAAUAAUCGAUUCAUCCCCCCACCCCAAUUUAUCUAUCCAGCCCCCCGAAGCUGUGACCAUAUGGAGAUUAACUCCAAGCCUAACACAAAAUCAGGGAAGAUGGAAGGGGCGACACCAAAGUCUGUGAGAAAGCAUUAAAAUGCAAAAAAAUUAAGAUGCAUUUUAUAGUGAUUAUAGCUGUCCCCUACAAACAUGAGAUCCCAGAUAACUAGCCAAUCCAAGCACAUUAACGAUGAAUGCCCCUCCUAGCUCUGUCAAGGCACUAUUCCACUAAGCUGUUCUGCUCCGGGGCUAUAGAAAUGGGGGGAAAGUUGGACUGCACUCCCAAAUAAAUAUAUAUAUAUAUAUAUAUAUAUAUAUAUAUAUAUAUAUAUAUAUAUAUAAAACACUAGCAGAAAAAAUGGUUUGGGGUAAAAAAUACACUCUCUCCAGUGCAAAUAGGAAAGCAGUCAAAUACCUACAGGUGCCUUCAUGAUAUAGCAACUGGUCACUUAUCCUGGUGCUACAAAGGUAUAUGGUUUUGUAUUGUCAACCUCUCUUUAACUUGAGUGGUAAAUAGCAUCUGUGCCUCCAUUAGAUAAGUUUGGGACAUGGCAUCUGCUCUUCUACUUGGUUCUCUCUGAGUGCUCCAGAGUAGAUCCUUGAUUAUUUGUCAGACACCAGUUAGCAACUCCAGUUAGUGCAAAUAUAGAAGAAGGUAGGUGUUAAAAGACCACUAUAAGCACCCAGACCACUUCAGCUCAAUGAAAUGGUCUGGGUGCCUGGUCCCUCUAGUUUUAACCCUGCAGCUAUAAACAUAGCAGUUCCAGAGAAAUUGCUAUGUUUACACUGCACUGCUAUGUUUACACUGCAGGGUUAAUCCAGCCUGUAGUUGCUGUCUCCCUGACAACCAUUAGAGGCGCUUCUACAAUUUACACUGAGUUAAAGGAUCAUUAUAGGGUCAGGACCACAAACAUAUAUUCCUGACCCUAUAGUGUUAACACCACCAUCUAGCCCCCCCCCUUGGCCCCUCUUGCCUCCAUAAAUAUAGCAAAAUCUUACUGUAUUCAAGCCUGAAGCUGUAACUCUGCAUGCUGUUUGUCUCAAAUAAAAAACAAGCAGUCUGCUAACAUCAUCAGAAGUUGUAUCCUGAUCCAAUCACAGUGUUUCCCCAUAGGAUUGGCUGAGACUGACAAGGAGGCAGAUAAGGGGUAGAGCCAGCAUGAUUCAUAGAACCAUUCGGCCCAUCUAGUCUGCCCAAUUUUCUAAAUACUUUCAUUAGUCCCUAGCUUUAUCUUAUAGUUAGGAUAGCCUUAUGCCUAUCCCACGCAUGCUUAAACUCCUUUACUGUGUUAACCUCUACCACUUCAGCUGGAAGGCUAUUCCAUGCAUCCACUACCCUCUCAGUAAAGUAAUACUUCCUGAUAUUAUUUUUAAACCUUUGUCCCUCUAAUUUAAGACUAUGUCCUCUUGUUGUGGUAGUUUUUCUUCUUUUAAAUAUAGUCUCCUCCUUUACUGUGUUGAUUCCCUUUAUAUAUUUAAAUGUUUCUAUCAUAUCCCCCCUGUCUCGUCUUUCCUCCAAGCUAUACAUGUUAAGAUCCUUUAACCUUUCCUGGUAAGUUUUAUCCCGCAAUCCAUGAACCAGUUUAGUAGCCCUUCUCUGAACCCUCUCUAAGGUAUCAAUAUCCUUCUGAAGAUACGGUCUCCAGUACUGUGUACAAUACUCCAAGUGAGGUCUCACCAGUGUUCUGUACAAUGGCAUGAGCACUUCCCUCUUUCUACUGCUAAUACCUCUCCCUAUACAACCAAGCAUUCUGCUAGCAUUUCCUGCUGCUCUAUUACAUUGUCUGCCUACCUUUAAGUCAUCAGAAAUAAUCACCCCUAAAUCCCUUUCCUCAUUGUUGAGGUUAGGACUCUAUCAAAUAUUCUGUACUCUGCCCUUGGGUUUUUACGUCCAAGAUGCAUUAUCUUGCACUUAUCCACAUUAAAUGUCAGUUGCCACAAUUCUGACCAUUUUUCUAGUUUACCUAAAUCAUUUGCCAUUUGGCUUAUCCCUCCUGGAACAUCAACCCUGUUACAUAUCUUAGUAUCAUCAGCAAAAAGACAUGCCUUACCAUCAAGACCUUCUGCAAUAUCACUUAUAAAAAUAUUAAAGAGAAUAGGUCCAAGUACAGAUCCCUGAGGUACCCUACUGGUGACAAGUCCAAGCUUCGAAUAUAUUCCAUUAACUACAACCCUCUGUUGCCUGUCACUCAGCCACUGCCUUACCCAUUCAACAAUAUUGGAAUCCAAACUUAAAGAUUGCAGUUUAUUGAUAAGCCUUCUAUGUGCAACAGUGUCAAAACACAGCCCUGGCCAAUCAGCCUCUCCUCAGAGAAAUGAAUUGAAUCAAUGAAUCUCUAUGAGGAAAGUUCAGUGACUGCAUGCAAAGGGAGGAGACAUUGAAUGUGUGGAUGCAUUUUAGGCAGCCAUGACCCAGGAAGGAUCUGCAACAGCCAUCUGAGGAGUGGCCAGUGAAGUUAUAACUAGGCUGUAAUGUAAACACUGCAUUUUCUCUGAAAAGACAGUGUUUACAGCAAAAAGCCUGAAGGUAAUGAUUCUACAAAUUCAAUAAGCUGUAGUUGUUCUGGUGACUAUAGUGUCCCUUUAAUCACACUUAUUUGACGCUGGAAGUACUCACGGACCUCCAAUGUCAAAAAAGAUCCCCAUAGGAAAGCAUUGAGUAAUGCUUUCCUAUGGGCGGUUUUGAAUGCACACGGAGCUCUGGCCGUACAUGCGCAUUCAAUGGAGGAGGAGAGGUCACCAGUGCAGAGGGAGCCCGGCACUGGAUUAAGGUAAGCAAAUAAAUGGUUAAUUAACCGUUUAGGUGAAUAGGGCUCUAUAGCGUUAGGAAUACAUAUUUAUAUUCCUAAUGCUAUAGUGUUCCUUUAAUAUCACAUUACUUUUUACUCAUAGAACCAAAAACAAAACAACAACAUUAAAGGCAGCAGGGAUAUUUUUGAAAUCACCAGAAGUAUACUAUCAGUGUUAUUUACUAGAGUGAGAAUUGUCUGGAAAUUAAAGUGAAUUGGAAAUUUAAGGCCAAAGUAGCAGAACUGGAAAGAUAGCGAAGUUGGAGUACUUUUCCACUUAUGCUAUAUUGGUCUUAAAUUUGAACUUUACUUUGAAUUAUUCACUUUAGAGAAAAAUGUAUCAUAAAUGUAUAUAUGAAUUGAUCAGCCACAACAUUUCAACCAUCUGCCUAAUGUCAUGCUGGUUUCCCUUGUGCUGCUAAAACAGCUGUGAUUUGUUGGGGUAUGAAUUCCACAAGACCUCUGAAUAUGUCCUGUGUUAUCUGGCAUCAAGAAAAUAGCAGCAGAUCCUUUAAGUCCUGCAGGUUGCGAGGUGGGGCCUCCAUAGAUUAGAUUUGUUAUUCCAGCACAUCCCACAGAUGCUCAAUCAGAUGGAGAUCUGGGGAACUUGGAGACCAAGGCAACACCUUGACUAUUUGUCAUAUUCCUCAGAUGAUUCCUGGACAAUUUUUGCAGUGUGGUAGGGUGCUCUGCUGAAAGAGAUUACUGCCAUCAGGGAACACCAAUAAGCCCAUGAAGGGCUUAUUUGGUCUGCAACAAUCUCUAGGUAGCUGGUACAUGUCAAAUUAACAUCCAGAUGAAUGCCAGGACCCACGGUUUCCCAGUAGAACAUUGCCAAGAGCAUAGCACUGCCUCCGACGGCCUGCCUUCUUCCCACAGUGCAUCCUGGUGCCAUUUCUUCCACAGGUAAACAACACACGCAUCCGGCUAUCCAAAAGAAAACAUGAUUUAUCAGAACUGGCAUCCUUCUUCCAUUAAUCCUUGACCCAGUUCUGAUGCUCACAUCCCCACUGGAAGUGCUUUAGGUGGUGGAUAGGAGUCAUCAUGGGCACUCUGACCUGUCUGCGGUUACGCAGCCCCAUAUGCAGCAAACUGUGAUGCAUUGUGUGUUCUGACACUUUUCUAUCAUGGCCAGCCUUAAGUUUAUUAGCAAUUUGAGCUACAGUAACUCUUCUGUGUGAUCAGAUCAGACCUGUGUGAUCGGAUCAGACAGGCUAGCCUUCGCUCCCCACAUGCAUCAGUUACCAUUGAGCACCAAUGACCCUGACACCGGUUUAAUGGUUGUCUUUACUUAGUUACAUAAUAUAUUUACAUAGCUUAAAACAGACUUGCAUUCAUCAAGUUCAGCCUUCCUCAGAUAUCUUCUUGGAUCAAGCAGCUAUUACCCCACUAAUUAGAAAUUAUAUCCCUCUAUGUUAUGUUUUUGCAAGUAGUUAUCCAAUUGCAGUUUAAACAUCUGUGUGGACUCUGAUAAAACCACCUCUUCAGUCAGAGAAUUCCAUACCCUUAUUGCUUUUACUGUAAAAAAUAAUUUUCUUUGCCUUAGAUGAAAUCUAAUUUCUUCCAGCUUAAAUGCGUGACCUUGUGUCCUAAGUAUAGCCCUGUUUAUGAAUAGAUUUCCAUAUAAUGGUUUGUACUGGCCCCAAAUAUAUUUGUUUACUGUUAUCAUAUCCCCUCUGAGGAGCCGUUUUUCCAAACUACGGAGAUUUCCUUUUUUUUACCCUUUCUUCGUAACUAAAAUGCUCUAUUAAUUUUAUCAAUUUUGUAGCUCACCUCUGCACUUUUUCUAGUGCCACGAUAUCCUUCUUUAGAACAGGUGCCCAAAAUUGCACAGCAUAUUCAAGGUGUGGUCUUACCAGCGAUUUAUAAAGAGGCAAAAUUAUAUUUUCAUCCCGAGAAUUUAUACAUGACAAAAUCUUACUGGCCUUAGCAACUGCAGAUUGACAUUGCAUAUUUCUGCCUAAUUUGUUGUCUAUAACAAUUCCCAAAUCCUUCUCGUGUGUGGUUAUCCCUAGUUCACUACCAUUUAGGGUGUAAAAUGCUUGUGCAUUCUUAACCCCAAAGUGCAUAACUUUGCAUUUCUCUACGUUAACAUUUGCCAUUCUAGUGCCCAGUCCCCCAAUCUAUCCAAAUCCCUCUGCAGCAAAACAAUAUCCUGCUCACAUUUAAUUAGUUUACAAAAUUUUGUGUCAUCUGCAAUCACCGAAACAUGGCUUUCAAUGCCUAUUUCAAGAUCAUUUAUAAAUAUUUACUUGCAUAACUUCUAAUAGGUACUAAUCACUGCAUACCGGGAACACCCAACAAGGUUUGCUAUUUUAGGGAUACUCUGAACCAGUUGUCUAACCAUCAUUAUUUACCCUUUUCAAAAUCACUCAGACAUUUUCGUUUACCCAUUGUUCUACUUCCAACACAUGAAAUUCAAGAACUGACUGUUCAGCCGUUGCCUAAUAAAUCCCACCCUUUGACAUUUGCCAUUGUAACGAUAUAAUCAAUGUUAUUCACUUCACCUGUCAGUGGUUUUAAUAUUAUAGCUGAUCAAUGUAAUAUUACAGAGGUUACCAUUACUGAUAAUAAAUUCUAUAUAAUUUAAUAUUGAACCAGGGUUAGAAAUGAAGCAAUACAUAACACAACACUCUAUUAAUUGGAAGUAAAUAUUAAAAUGUGCAAAGCAAAUCAUGUCUAGUCAAGUUUAAAACAAUGAUCAUGCAGGAUAUUUAACGUGUGAUGGAAAUCGGACUAGACACAAACAUUAUUUGUUUCAUGCAUUUUAAUAUGUACUUAUUAUUUAUUUAUAAAAUGUCUAUAUAUCAUCCAAUGGCUUUGAGAGGCUAUCUGAUUCUGGAUUGAAGGCAUAUUUUAUUGUGAUAAGCUUUUCCUGUAACAGAGUAUAACCAGCAUGCCUUCUCUAAAACAACUUUGUUUUGUUUUCACACUUCGGUGUACUUAUACAUUUACCAUCUACCAAUCAUGUACUAGUUUAUACAAAAUUCUCCUUUUUAAAAAGAAAAAUAUAUGUAAUUUACAUGUUGAUAUAUUGUUAACAUCAUAAACAUAAGCAUGUGACAUUAACAGUUUUAAUUUCCACUUUAUGGGAAACAAAUAUAUAUAAAUAUAAGAUGUAGUGUAAUAUGCUUGUGUGUGUUUCCCUUUAAAUAUAACAUAUGCAAACACACUUGAUCCAGUCACUUGCAGAAUACAAUGUAUUAUAUAUGUCCUGGAACUCUAUGACAGUAAAGGCCCAAAUCAUAUAAAGCAUUAACUUUCAUAAUAGAGCAGGUCUUAAUAAACUAUUCUAGUCCAUUUAAACAUAUUAAAGUUCACCUGCUUAUAGUAGUAUAUCACUUGUUAGAUUUAUGUAUUUUCAACACAUCGUUUGAAUAGCGAUUUUUUUUUUUUUUUGGAACAUUAGAAGAGGUGUUUUUAUAAUCAGUCGUUGCUUAGGUUUAUCAAUUAGAAAAACCAUCUUAACCCCUUAAGGACACAUGACAUGUGUGACAUGUCAUGAUUCACUUUUAUUCCAGAAGUUUGGUCCUUAAGGGGUUAAAAGCAGUGAAUAUUUUUUUUUAAAUCAUUUAGGACCUAUCAGGAUUGUCACAAGUGCAAGGAAUGUGGAUAAAUCUAGUUCUCCAGAGGGAUUAAAAUGUGAAUAAAUUACAACAUACAGAUAGAUUUUUGCUCUGCUAAUCAAUAUACAUUUUCCUUGUUGGAACAUUUACUUUAAAUAAUAGUAAGUGCAUCCGUUUCUUUUAGGAAUGCAUAAAGGUUUUUAAACGUGACUUAAUGUAUGCAUACAUUUUAGUAAAGAUACAGAAAAAAAAGAUUGUUUUGAAGAAAAAUUAAACCUGAUAUCUUGUUUUAUGUAACAUAUAUGCAAAAUAUAAUGAGAUGCAGCCUAUAAAGGAACAAACAAAAUAUAGUAUAGACUUAUUUAGGUAAUGUGCCCCAAAUAGAUUGCUUAUAUUGCAAUCACAAAUCACUUAGUGGAACAGGCAUGUAAAUAACUCUCAGACCUACUCAAAUAGAUGUUCAGUAGAUAGUUAUCAUGGACUUUAAUAUUGCACUAAAUAUAAAAUAUAAAAAUAGAUGGUGCAGAAUGAUCUUUAUGUCAUGUAAAAAGGAUAUUUUAUUGCACUCAAUUUAUAUAAAAGAAUUCACAGCAUAUUAAAUAUAACUUCACCCAAUCUGGAGGAACCUGCGAUAUGUCCACGCCCUAUGCGUUUCAUCCUUCAGACUUUCACACGGGCUUCCUAUUCCCACAUAACGCCCAGAUCUUCUCAAAUAGAUGUUCAGUAGAUAGUUAUCAUGGACUUCAGUAUUGUACUAAAAUAAAAUAUAAAAAUAGAUGGUGCAGAAUGUUCUUUCUGUCAUGUUAAAAAGGAUAUUUUAUUGCACUCAAUUUAUAUAAAAGAAUUUACAGCAUAUCAAACACAACUUCACUCAAUCUGGUGGAAACUGCGAUAUGGCCAUGCCCUACAUGUUUCGUGCUUCAGGCUUCCUCAGGGCGUUCCCAUAAGACAAAUUGCAAAUAGGUAUACAAAUAAAAAAUCAUAAAAAAAUGCCCUGAUGCAAUGGCAAGUAUCCAUCUAUAUGUAACAUAUAGUUGUACGGAUUUGCAAAAAUCUCUGAAAAUAUAAACCCAACGCCACUCCAUGAUGUCACAAGGGAAAUUGUAUUUUUUCCUUCCCUUACAUAUACUAGUAUGGCAUGUGCGCACCAUACAAUUCUCAAGUUACCUGUACCUGUACCUUAACAGAAGCGAUAUCACUAUUAACCUGAUUAAGAAAAUCGUGUCAACUUUAGCCUUGAGGGUCCUUUUAAAUCUGUCACUCAUUCUUUAGACAAUGCCUUAUGUUGAUAAAGGUCUGCUUGUGUAUACCCAUUUCAAAGGACAAGUAUAUAGUUUAAAUGCACAUCAUUAACAAUAAAAAUAAUACCAGAUACUGUCUGACUUGGCUAUUUUUUAAUGCCAUGGUAUACUCACAGCCAUAAUAAUGAAUUUGAGUGUAUAUGCCACACAUAAAAGAUGUAGAUAUGCAAGACAUAUUCAGGUUGUAAACAAAAUGGACCAACAAGCCAAUUUGGAAAAAUUCUUCAACUCCGCUAUAGUCUGAGUUUGGUGAGUUUAUAUCGAAUUCAACACUUCUAUUAAAUUAAUUAGUUUUCACUGUUUAGUAAAUACACCUCUACAUGUACACAUUUGUGAAAUCACCACCACAUAUAUGUUAAAUUAACUUUAUCUUGGUUUAUACCAUAGAAUCCUAUGCAAACAAUUUUUUUUUUUUUUUUUGCCUGUACAUUAUGUUAGCCAAACUGUGAUUCAAAUAUCACCACAGCAUAACCUAGACUUUCCAGUUCUGAAAGGAGCUCCCUGACACAUAUGAAUUCCCCAUAACAUUAUGAACCAUUGGCAUGCUUUACAGCUUGUUCCAAUAUAAUUUGUGCAUAGGACAGAUUACAAAUGGAUCGACAGACACAAAUGCACAGAUUAUGUGAGGCAAAUAAUUGCAACCAGAAAGAAGCAUGUUGUAGCAAAUAUGUCAAAAUGCACAUUGUCACUUCUGUAGCAUAGUUUAGAAAACGAGGUGAUGCAAUAUUACUGUUUGCUAUCAAAUACCUUUACAUUUUAAAAUAAUGUUGAAACUUCACCUUUAAAAUUUCCAUAUGCUACAUACACGUUUCUCAUAUUGAUAAACAGUGAAGUCUAUCCAGUUAAGAUAACAUUGUGCAUAUCACGAUACCUAUUUUACAUUUUGCAUAGCAUGCUAUACUAGGAUUUAGUAUCAGAGUUAGAGUGAUGUGGCCAUAAGAACACAUUGAUGACAAAUGUGGUGCUCCAGCUCUUUGUCCUAAUAUUACAAUGUUAACUAUGUGGUAGGACAAGAUAGGAACUGAAAUAUAGUACCACAUUUUUACAAGUUAGCUAUUAAGCCAUGUAUACCAUCAUUAGAAUCUAAGCUGGUGAAGAGUAAAUAAACUUUUCUUAAAUCAUACACAUUUUAAUUUAAUUUAUGUUAUAAGCCUGAACUAUUAUGUUCAACAUUCACUAAACUCAUGGUCAAUGUAUUUUUAUUUAUUGCAGUUGAACAUAAGGCAAAGAAGACAAAGAAAUGUGAAAUCAACAGCCACAGAUAUAACCUGGUGUUUUCUAGGACUCAAACAUUUCAUCAGGAGUUGAGUGUAAUGAGGGCUGAGCUGAAACUGUGUAAGGAUAUCAUUACUGCAUUAAAAUCCACAGGAACCAAUUCAACAGCACCGACUAUGGUUCACAUCUAUAAAGUAGUAGAGUCCAGGAGACAUCGUGGAAAGCAGGAACAUAUGUUGCUUGACUCUAAACCUCUAGAGAAAGAAGCAUUGACUCUAAACGUGGAAUCUGCUGUUCAGCAGUGGCUGGCUAGCUCUGAGAAAUGUCUACGACUGCAGUUAGUCAUUCCAUUGGCUAUUCCUUUUGAUAAUGAUCAUACUCAAGAAAAAAAAGGUGAUGAUGCCCUAGUUUUAGAAGUAGAGACUGAAGAGAACUCCAAAAUAAGGAAAGCUAGGUCACUGUCCACAGAUGAAGAAGAAUGCAAGAAGAGUGAGAAAAAAUGUUGUCGCAAAUCAUUAACAGUAUCUUUUGAACAGAUUGGUUGGAAUGAUUGGGUACUUUUCCCAAAAACCUAUACAAUGCAUUUUUGCGAUGGUUCUUGUCCACACAACUAUAAACCAGCCAGUAUGCAUGCUCAGAUUAAAUAUAGGAUGCAUCACAUAUCUAACGGAAAUACUCCAGCACCAUGUUGUGUUCCGGCAAGCUAUGAGCCUAUGGUGCUCAUGCAUUAUAAUACAGAGGGCAGUUUGACAUUUACUCCAUUUGAAGACAUGAUUGUUAAGAAGUGUCACUGUGCUUAA